AUGAUUUUUAGGUGGAGCACAAAGGGUUAUAUGACAUGCCCUGUAUACAAGGAAGAUGUAACUUCUGGUUGGCACGCUGGAAAAGUUUGUUACUUUAGUCAUCGGAGAUGGUUGCCAUGGGACCACGAGUGGCGGAAAAAUGAUAAAGAGUUCAACGGGAACACAGAGCGUCGCCUCAGACCUAGAUAUUGGUCCGGUGAUGAGAUCUUGGAACAGCUUAACCGUUUGGAUUUUGCUCUAUUUGUGAAAAUAGUUACUCGGACCAGACCUUCUACACAUUUGAACUGGAUGCACAAGCCUAUAUUUUUUGUGCUUCCAUAUUGGUCGAAACUAAAAUUGAGGUACAAUCUCGACGUUAUGCAUGUUGAGAAAAAUGUGUUUGACAUAUUGAUGGGCACGAUUCUAGAUAUCGAGGGCAAGACAAAGGACAGGAUCAAAGCUCAUCUUGAUUUGGAAAGAAUGGGCAUACGGAGGGGUUUAUGGAUGAAUAGGGACAGUGAUAAAGCUGGAAGGGAUCUUGCAUUUUGUUUCCAUGAAACCGAAUGA